AGAUGAAAGAUUAGGAGAGAGACAAUAAGGGCGGGGCCGCGCGGGAUUGGUCCGCUUUCGUCUUUAUUAUGAUAAAAUCCUACAGCAGACUUCAUCUCUUGAUUAUUGCCUAGACUGAGUCGUUAGUACUGCGUGCCAAAGGCUGCGACGUCCUUUGUAGCUUUCUAGGACCGAACACACACGAGGAGCGGCGCCCAGGAGUCGAAGCUUUUCUACGGAUUCUUCCCGGUUAGCAAUCUGGAUUUUCACAAUCUUAACUUCAUGCGGCAAAGAAUGGUCAUGAUUUUUUUUAUGAAGAGGUUUUUGUGGGUAAUUGGUGCUUGUCUUGUAAUCUUAAUUCUGGAUUACUCCUUAAAACCUAACCCAGCUGUACAAGAAAAGUUAAGAACAUUUACAGCUCACAAGGCUCGAAACAUUAUUUCAUUGCGAAGUCAAAGUAACUUUUCUCAAAUGCCCAGUGUAAGCUACAAAAAGGUCACUGAGAGACCUUCCAGGAGCACUUUGAAUAAUAAGCGCAUUCCAAAAGAAGUGAAUAAGAUAAACAAAUUAGCUUUCAACAGGGGUUUCCCAGUCUGGAAUGAGGAGACGUCUACAAGCUUGCUUACAUCACUGCUGAAGAAAGUCUGGAUCAACUAUCUUUCAAUGAACAAGUACAAUGUGACGUUUAAUUUUAAAAAGAAGGCAGUGAAACUAUCUAGAGAAGAACUUCUUUGUGAAUUAAAAAGUAAGCUAUAUCCUGUUAAGAUGCUCACACUGGCAGAUGGAUUUCCUGUGGGUAAAGAUAAACAUGAUGAUUGGAAGUCCUACUUACCAACGAAACCAUUUAAGGAUGUUUUUGGUAAACUUAAGAGGUGUGCUGUGGUGUCAUCUGCAGGUUCUCUGAGAUGGUCUGGCCUUGGUCGAGAAAUUGAUGAACAUGAUGCUGUGCUGAGAUUUAAUGCAGCCCCUACAUCUGCGAGAUUCAUCCGUGAUGUUGGGAGUAAGACAUCCAUUAGAUUUAUUAAUUCACAGGUCGUAUCUACAGAGGCACACAGAUUUCUGACAGAUCCUUUGUAUAGAGAUACUGUUUUGGUUAUGUGGGAUCCAGCACCCUAUUCUAAAAACAUUACUCAUUGGUUCAAUAAUCCAGAUUACAGUUUCUUUGACAAAUAUAAAGAGUACCGCAUUAAAAACCCAAAUCAGUUCUUUUAUGUAAUGAAUCCAUCAUUUCAGUGGGACCUGUGGGAUAUAAUUCAGGAUAACUCAGAUGACAAUAUUCAGAAGAAUCCUCCAUCCUCAGGAAUUCAAGGGAUCAUACUGAUGAUGAGUCUUUGUGAGGAAGUGAAUGUCUACGAAUUCCUGCCUUCCAGGAGAAAAACGGAUGUUUGUCAUUAUUACCAAAGCUUUCAGGAUCGAGCUUGUAUUGUAGGCGCCUAUCACCCUUUACUCUAUGAGAAGAAUUUGAUCAAGCGAAUUAACUCUGGAAGUGACAAUGACAUCUAUUAUUAUGGAAAAGCCGUUUUGAAAGGUUUUGAAAGUUUUGAUUGUGCAAACACUUGAAGACCAUUUUGUCAUUUAUGCUUCAGAACAGGGUGAAAUCACGGGACACUUCUAAGGCCAGCAACAAAGAAUCCUGUGUUUGCUGAUGAGGGAGGUGAGAUGUGUCUGAAGAUGAUAUGUGGUCUUCAAGUUAUGAAACAGGGAAGAUUUUUUGAGCUGCAUCAGCUUGCCGGUGAAAAUUCUAACUUAAUGAAUCUUGAUUAUGAAAUAAUUAUCAUUGAAGUAAGAAUGUUAUGAAUAAGUACAAAGUUGUGAACUUGAAAGCUGAGCACUUUUUUCCUUCAGAGUUACAUUAUUUGCCAAUGUCAGUUUUGUCUAAGAACAUUUUUUAACCGUGAUUCCACUAUAAAAAGUAACCAUAGGCCAUUUUAUUACAUCCUAUCCAACACUUCGUUUUAGUAAAUUCUCAUUUAUCAUGGCACUGAGGAGUGGCAACGUAUUGUAUGUUGGUCAGACAUGCAAACAAUUUCAUUGUACUCUUUACAUAUGCCAGUAUUGUUAGUGCACCAUUUUAUGUAUUGUUGUGUGCUACUCUCCACAAAAUGAGCAUAAUUGGAAAAAAGGACAUUUCCAUUUUUGUGGCCUGUGCACCAAGAGUGGUUAUUUCAAUAUACAGAAGAUGCAAUCACUUAAUUUCAGUUGGAAUACUGUGUAUUACAGGUUUUUGGGUUUUUUUUGGGUGAGUAUGGAAAGCAUUUCUUUACAAAGACGGCACACAUAUGCAUAUAUAAGCAAUACAUAAAACUACAGUAUUUAAAAAACUUCUUAUGCCAUUUAAAAAUAACUAAAUAGCACCUCAGGGACACAUUUAU